AUGAGUGGUGUUCCAUCUACAGCAUCAAAGCGAAGCAGCUCAUUUUUCAAAUCUUUAGCAAAUCCUAGCGCAGUCAAGGAUUCUCGUAAUCUCAACGAUCGUCAUCUCCAACAGCAAAUGCAACAAAAAGUUUUGCAAUAUUUGCGUGACGGAAACUAUCCACAAACUAGCGAAAAACUUGUUAAAAGCCCGACGAAAGCUGAGUUUGCGCGGAUGUUUGAAUUCAUCUUCCAACAGCUGGCACCGGAUUUUACAUUACGAAAGAUUGAAGAUGAGAUGCCUCGCCUUUUCCGUGCCUUAGGUUAUCCGGUGCAGCUGAAGCCUUCCACCAUGCAAACCAUUGGUGCGGCGCAUACCAUGCCACAUCUGCUUGGAGCAAUUACUUGGCUGAUUGAUUUGAUUCAAAUGAUUUGGGAAAUAUCACCACAAGAUUUACUUCUUGCGAAUGAAGAGGGAGAUGGUCAGCGAAGAUCGUUAGCUUAUGGUUAUAUAGUUCGAUGUUAUAAGAAAUACUGCAAUAAUCCACUGUUGGGACUCACAAUGGACAAUUACAAAGAUGAGAAUAAUGUCCUCCUUCAACUUAUUGAAGAAAACGAAGAUAUCGCGCAGCAAGAAGCUGAAUCACAUGCCCAGAUUGUCACACUAACAGAUGAAAUUGCAGAGCUCUGUAAGGAUAAGGCAUGUUUUCAGCGUAUUAUAAGCUCUGGUUUUAAUGGAGAGCUUGAUGAGCUUCAAACAAGCACUAAAAUACUGGAGGAGGAUUUGAAGAAGCUGCAGAUAUUUAGGGAUGAGCAACAAGAAAAACUUGAUGAAGAAAAAAAGAAAAAGUUAAUUUUUGCCUCUCUUAUGAAAUAUCUUACGCUCCAUGAAAUUUUGGAAAAUAAGAUUCAGCAAUGUGGUGUAAUCAUUACUACUUUUAAAGAAAAACUUUCUGCCAAAAAAAAGCAAUUAGCAGCGCAGUCAAUGACCGGUGAAGAAGCAAGAGCUCUUCGCGUUAAAAAAGAAGAGUUGAAAGCUAGAAUUGAAAUAGCAAAUAAGGAGCGACAAAAUAUUGAAUCCGAAAAUGAUGGAAUUCUCUCCGUCAAUUUCAAAGAAGCUUCUCAGUUACGUGAACGUUAUCGACUAUUUGUCAGGACCUUCGAGGAUGUAAGCAGAACGGUGUAUGGGACUUAUGAUCCAUUCUUUGGUGUGCUGGAUCAACGUUCUCCGAAUGAGCCUCAUUUCGUUGAACUUCUGAACGAAAUUGAGGAAAAGCUGAAUGGACUUAGCAACAAAAUUAGCGACUGGAUCAAGAAUGUGGAAGAUAAACUAGUAACCACAAAUCAGGAUACGACUGAGCUGAAACAAAAGAAAGCACUUUCGGUAGAAAAUUUGAAGCAUGUUCAACGACAGAUUUCAAAAAUAUCUCAUGAUUUUACGCUAAAACGCGAAGAUUGGGAAGAUGAGCGUCAAAAACUGUCGCUGGAAGUGGAUGUGGCACAGAAUGAACUUGACAGCUUGCAUGCUCUCCGCAAUGGAAAACUCUCUGUGCAUGAGCAGCUUGCGGAAGCACGAAAGGCACUGCAAUCUCGACAAAUCGAAUGUGAUGAAGCAAGGAAGAAGAUUGUAAAUGAAGUGGCGAUGAAGUUCUCGACUUUAGUGGAGCAAUGGGAACAUCUUAAGAAAUGCCGUCAUCAGUUACGUAAUGACGAAACGCUGUUGCGAAAAGCGUUAAAUAACUUCAUUGAUGACAACAGUUGAUGGGAGAUUAAAAGUUAUAGUGAUCUUUAAUUAUGCUGUCCA